AACUUUUUGACCCCUGCGCUGCCUCUCUCUCGCUGCAACGCCUAGGCAGCAGCCACCUCUCUCUCUCUCUCUAAAACUUUCACUUUCUCUCUCUAAAACUAUAUCUCCAUCUCCAUGGAAGCCCUGUGUUUCGCACCUUCGCAACCUAGUCUCCUUCGUCCCAAAUUCUCAAACCCAAUCAAAUCCCCAAACAAUGACGCAUUCAAGAACACCAUCUUCAUCAACAGCAACAACAAAAUCAAACCGUUGAUCUUUUCUGCGCUUUCCAAAUCGACGGCCGAGAUUUCCCCGAAACUGACCGUUGAUUCCCGCGAAACCUCAUUGGAGGUCUCAACUUCUUCGCCUUCAUUGUCUGUAGUCUCCUCCGGUUCUCUACAGGCGGAGCCCGGUGAAAUUGUCGCCGUACCGGACGGUGCGGUUACGGAUGGUGUUCUCGGCGCAAUGGAGUACUUGACGAACAUUUUGUCGUCCAAGGUGUAUGACGUUGCUGUUGAAUCGCCGUUGCAGCUGGCGACGAAGCUCUCCGACAGGCUGGGGGUGAAAGUCUGGCUCAAGAGAGAGGAUUUGCAGCCUGUUUUUUCUUUCAAGCUUCGAGGUGCCUACAAUAUGAUGGCCAAAAUUCCAAGGGAACAGUUAGAAAGAGGGGUUAUCUGCUCAUCUGCUGGAAACCAUGCUCAAGGGGUUGCAUUAGCAGCCAAGAGGCUGGGUUGCAAUGCGGUGAUUGCCAUGCCUGUUACUACACCAGAAAUCAAGUGGAAGUCGGUUGAGAGACUGGGUGCAACAGUUGUUCUUAUUGGGGAUUCAUAUGAUGAAGCACAAGCAUAUGCCAAGAAGCGAGGUGACGAGGAGGGUCGGACCUUUAUACCUCCUUUUGAUCACCCAGAUGUCAUCAUGGGCCAGGGGACAGUUGGGAUGGAAAUCAUGCGUCAAAAGGAAGGCCCAUUGCAUGCGAUCUUUGUGCCUGUGGGGGGUGGUGGGCUUAUAGCUGGGAUUGCUGCCUAUGUAAAGAGAGUUGCUCCAGAGGUAAAGAUUAUUGGAGUGGAGCCCUCUGAUGCAAAUGCAAUGGCAUUGUCAUUACAUCAUGGUCGGAGAGUCAUGCUGGACCAAGUGGGAGGUUUUGCAGAUGGUGUAGCCGUUAAAGUGGUGGGUGAAGAAACUUUUCGUUUAUGCAGGGAAUUGAUAGAUGGUGUAGUUCUUGUUAGCCGUGAUGCUAUUUGCGCAUCAAUAAAGGACAUGUUUGAAGAGAAAAGGAGCAUUCUAGAACCAGCAGGUGCGCUUGCCCUUGCUGGAGCUGAAGCAUACUGCAAGUAUUAUGGCCUGAAGGGUGAAAAUGUUGUUGCAAUAACCAGUGGGGCAAACAUGAACUUUGAUAGACUUAGAUUGGUUACUGAACUUGCGGAUGUUGGUAGGCAACGUGAGGCCGUGCUUGCAACUUUCUUGCCAGAGGAGCCUGGCAGCUUUAAACGAUUUUGUGAACUAGUGGGCCCAAUGAAUAUCACCGAGUUCAAAUAUAGAUAUAAUUCUGAUAAGGAGGAAGCUCUUGUAUUGUACAGUGUUGGCCUUCACAUCAAAUCAGAAAUUGAGGCAAUGGUGAAUCGGAUGGAAUCUUCUCAACUUCAAACCAUUAAUCUUACAGAAAAUGACCUGGUUAAAGAUCAUCUGAGGCAUUUGAUGGGGGGCCGAUCAAAUGUUCAGAAUGAGCUUCUUUGUCGAUUUGUUUUUCCCGAGAGGCCAGGUGCUUUGAUGAAAUUUUUGGAUGCUUUGAGUCCACGCUGGAAUAUUAGUUUGUUCCAUUACCGCGGGCAGGGUGAAACUGGUGCAAAUGUAUUGGUUGGCAUCCAAGUGGCAGCAACUGAGAUAAAUGAGUUCCAGAAUCGUGCCAAAAGUCUUGGCUAUGAUUAUACAGUGGAGACCAGCAACAAGGCAUUCCGACUAAUAAUGCAUUGAGUACUGCCAGCUCUGUGAUUUGAGGUUCAACAGAUUUUUUUUGUCAGGUUGGACCUUACUUUCCUAAGGAGACCUCCUAUUGAAAGAAUGCUAUGGGAUUUUGCACCUCUUCGCAGCAAUGGAGAUGGAGAUGGAAUGUAUGUUCUUUUCUGCCUGAAGUCUUCUUUUGCCAUUCUAUUGAUGUGUAUGAUUAGGGCUUUGUUUGUCCUCGUGAAAAGAACUGGGUUUUGUAUGAGUGGUUUCAUCUGAUGAAUGACCUUCGGACUGGUUCUCAAAUGUAAUAUAUAACUAUCUAAGUUAACAUGAGAUUAGAAUUUUUCGAUCUUUA